CACUCGGACCAUGGAGCUAAAACGAACCCAUUUGACGAAAAAGAAGAUUACCAAGCAAAAACAAGAGGGAGAUAAUAAUGUUGAUAACGGUCAGAGAAGCUUCUUCUUCUUCCUUCUCUCUGCUUCGUUUCAACAGUUUCAGUUCCAAGGCUUCCCCAGGACUGAAAAAAUCAAGUUUUCAAGCCAGCUUAUCUUUUCAGAGAAAACCCAAUACCACCAAACCAUGGAAUCUUGGCCUUCUCUCUACCAGGUCUGAAGAUCCAGUUUUUGAUCCCCUGGGUAUAAAUUCAGAUGUACCUUCUAGUCUAAAUGUAGCAUGGGAAAAUUUUCUGGGCUUUUUCUCACAAACAUAUGAGAGUGCCUCGAGUACAAAAAAGGAUAAAUCUUCAGCUCGAGGAGUGGCAGCUGCAAUAGAGGAUAGUUCCAUUGAUUUUGGAGACUUCUUCAAAGGUCCAUUACCAGGAAAGUUCCUUAAGCUUUUGGCAUAUUUGGCUGUAUCCAGACUUGGAAUAUACAUACCUCUUGGUGGGGUAAAUAGGGAGGCUUUUGUAGGAAAUUUGGAUCAGAACAGUUUGUUGAGCACAUUAGACUCAUUUUCUGGAGGAGGCAUUGGUAGACUUGGGAUAUGCUCGCUUGGUAUCGUUCCCUUUAUCAAUGCACAGAUUGUCUUCCAACUUCUUGCCCAGAUUUACCCCAAAUUACAAGAUCUUCAAAAAAGAGAAGGCGAAGCAGGGAGAAAGAAAAUCCUCCAGUAUACUCGAUAUGCUUCAGUUGGAUUUGCCAUAGUACAGGCAAUUGGCCAAGUACUCUAUCUCCGUCCCUAUGUGAAUGACUUCAGUACACAAUGGGUUUUAUCUUCUGUUAUCUUAUUGACGCUUGGCUCUGUAUUCACAACAUAUAUUGGGGAACGAAUCUCUGACCUAAAACUUGGAAAUGGAACAUCUCUAUUGAUAUUCACUAGCAUUAUCUCCUACUUGCCAGCAUCUUUUGGUAGAACCAUUGUACAAGCUUUUCAAGAUGGUAACUAUGUUGGACUUGCCACCAUCAUCUUAUCCUUCUUCCUUUUGGUCCUUGCAAUUGUGUACGUUCAGGAAGCAGAGAGGAAAAUCCCACUCAAUUAUGCCUCAAGAUACACCAGUAGAGGUGGAGGACUUCAAAAAUCUGCUUACCUACCCUUCAAGGUGAAUAGUUCUGGAGUGAUGCCGAUUAUAUUUUCCACAUCAACUUUAGCACUUCCUGGUACAGUAGCACGCUUCACUGGUUUAGCUGCAUUAAAGAAGGCUGCAGUGGCUUUAAAUCCUGGGGGUUCGUUCUAUCUACCAACCAACAUCCUAUUAAUAGCCUUCUUCAACUAUUACUAUACGUUCCUACAGUUGGAUCCUGAUGAUGUAAGUGAACAAUUGAAGCGCCAAGGUGCAUCAAUUCCACUUGUACGGCCGGGUAAAAGUACAGCUGCAUUUAUUAAAACGGUCCUAAGUCGGAUAUCAGUGCUUGGUUCAGCAUUUCUGGCAAUCCUUGCUGCUGGUCCUGCCGUGGUAGAACAAACCACACACCUGACAGCAUUCCGGGGCUUUGCAGGCACAUCGGUUCUCAUUCUUGUUGGUUGUGCAACAGACACUGCAAGAAAGGUUCAAGCAGAGAUAAUAUCCCAGAAGUACAAGAACAUAGAAUUCUACGACAUUGACAAGUUUGGCCCAUAGAAGAGCUGCAAAGCAAUGGUUUAGGAAAGGAUGAUUCUUUUUCAUAAGAAAGAAAAAAAAAAAAGAAAGCUAAUGGGAUAUGGCUUUCAAAGAUGAGGUUUUUGUAAUUUAGAGAGGAAGGUGAAGUGAUGUUUGAAUUUGUCUUGUUGGAGUUAAUUUUUGCAAAAUAACAUGGAUUGGUUCACUGUUAAAGUUUGUACAUAUUGCUGCUGAAAAAUGCCAAUAACUUUCCUUCACAUAUGGUCUUUAGAUAGCUUUGGGAUAAUAUAGCAUAGCAUAGCAUAGAAUUGUAAUUGAACCUUUGGACUGCAAAUGUCAUACAUGUAUUUUUAAGUCGUCAAUCAAUUUAGUUGGUAUUUCCCAUCAAAA